AUGACCUUGGUCAGCCAACCGCAAUGGAUCACACAUCAAUGCGCAACGCAACAUUGCUCAUCGCCAACGUUCAGCUUUUCAUCGCACUUGCAUCCCGAGCUCUUGGAUCUUACUACACCACCAAACACAGUGAUUGCCAGUUUUCCCGUCGAAAAUGUACGAUCAGCCACUGUCCAAACGCAAGAUACCUACGUGGAAAGCAAAAUCGACGGUACAAACCUGCAAUUUCUAACAACGGAAGCUUUCGCACAGUACGAAGAGCGUGAGAUUCAGGAAGUCAUUAUCAUUGAGGUGUAUUACCAGUGCAGCUCCGGAUCAAGGACAGGCAUCUAUAGGCAGUUUUUGAAGCUGGCCAACAAUCAUGCACCUCGCUUCCUGCAGGAAUCAUAUGAAGCGCUAGUACCCUUGCCGCUACCGAAACACUUCGACGUUUCACCGUUCAUUGCAAAUGGCGACGGUAUAAUGGCACGGGAUAUUGAUUUGAAAAACAAUACUGUAACGUUCAGUGUAUCCGAGAACGAUUACAUGCUGAUUGAAAGUCAUAGUGUCAAAGAUGAUCCAAAGCAAUUUAAGGCGAUCCUGCGUCUCAAGGAGCAGGUGCUAAAAAUGCCAAACAAGCUAGCGCUUACUGUUACGGCAACCGAUGCUGGCGUGCCACAAAAAUCAAGUCAAGUUAGUGUUGUAAUCGAACCGGACCUGUCCAUCGUGUAUGAUGAUCCACCGGAGUUUAAAGAAACCUUCAUAAACAAAACCAUCGAAAAGGAUCUUCUCCUACAACUGGAGCUGAUUCCCGGUACGGAAACGAACGAUGUGCUGUACAGUGUUGAUGGAACCGAUGCAGAAUUCUUCACACAAACCGUCUGGGAUAACAAUACUGGGAUCGAUUUAAAAGUAAUCGAUCUACAGGUUAUUCCAAAGACGAAAGCAUUUCUCAAUGUAGUUGUAGUGGCCAGACGCAGCCAGCUUCAAAAGACAUCUUGCGUAAUACUGCUCAACAUACCACCGGAAAGUGUUCCAGAACCUCCGACUAAAACGGUGGAGAAAGUUUUGAGUGUUUUGCAUUUAGAUGAAAUGGUCACACAUCGAGAGAUAUUUCCUCUUGUGAUAGAUGGUUGCACGUACAGCAUCCAAUCCCAAACUCCCGGUGAAUAUUUCUUCAUAUCAGACACCGCAUCACCUUCCCUAUCAUCGAAAGCAUUCGAUCGGGAAGAUAGAGAGUUGUUUGCUGGAUUAGAUUUUCCACAAUUUUGGAUUGUUCUUAAGCUGACAUGUCCAAUUGAACCGACGAUAGAAACGCAAUCGUACAACGAUUCCGCAGUUCGUUUGGGCCCAACGAGAGAUAUUGACUUUUCAACCGAUCUCACACAUCUCAACAUCAUCGUCGAUGAUAUUAAUGACAACAGUCCAGUAUUCACCUUCCCGGCCAAUAAUGCAAGGUACGGAUUUCCAUCGCCUCAGCUUUCGCAAAAGCUUCUUCCCGACAAAUUACUCACCGUCCAAGCAACUGAUCUGGAUGAAGGAAUCAAUGCCGUGAUUCGCUAUUCAUUAGCAACGAACGAUCACUUCGAUAUCGAUCCACAGACGGGAGUCAUAUUUCCAAUUAAAUCGGUAUUUACAAAUGCGGAAAGUGUUACGAUCGAGAUAUUUGCUACCGAUCGUGAUGGAGCUGAGGAUGGAAAUACAUCGACAAUGAAAAUCCGUGUCCAUAGGGUAACAGAGGAUCAGCUGGUAGCAUUGACAGUACAGGGCACGGAUCCGGACUCUUUCGGAAGUACGUUGAAAGAGAUUAGCGUCAAGGAAGGCAUUCAAAUGGCAACGAUUAGGAGCGUAUUUUCUGUUGAUGGAGAUACAAAUAAGCGGAGCGGACGAUCAACAGAUUCACGAUAUACAACAUCCGCAAUAGUAUAUGCCUUUAAGGAGGAACAACUUCUAACUAACGCUGAGCUAAAAAGAAUAUUUGAAUCUACGGGAGCAAACCAUACUUUAGAAAUAUCAACCAUAAGAGAGCUCUACGGUUCAUCAACGACGAUCGUUAAUUCGGACACAACUGUGAUCUAUCCGUACAUCAUAAUAGCAGCAUUUUUCGGCACCCUUGCUGUUGCUAUGGCUGCAUCGGCAUAUUACUAUCGAGCCAAAACACGUCAACAAACACUAGUGGACGAUACACCGCAUUCACGAUCCUCUGACGAUGCAAUUAUCGUGGAAAACGGACAAAAUGUUUCAUCGAGUACACCACCAAUGGAAACACACAAAAUAUCCGAAGUCAUGUUAACAGGAUUAGUCGACAAUCCUCGCUCUCUUACCGAGUUGUUAGCUAACAGUGAAGUUAAGGAGGACGGGGAUGAUAAAGCUGAACCUACGCCACCCACUCAACAGGAACGCAAAAAGAGUAUAAAGUUCAAUGAAAGCGUUGAACGGAUUGAAGUUUUCGAUGUUUAAGCAGUUAUUUAGAGAUUAAUGUU